AUGGCUGACGAUGGCACGCACCACGUUGUGGACGCGCCACUCCCGGCGGCGCCUAGCAUCUUGAACGACCGUCCGAUCGGUGUUCGGAGCGCAUAUGGUCGUCGAGGAGGUCGAGGAGGUCGAGGAGGCCGCGGAGGCCGUGGAGGAGGCGGGCGAAGCAGUAGCACUGGCGGCCAUCGACCGCCAUCGUCGCGUGCGCCAGAGUCUGUCGACAUCUUUUCUCCGAUUCCAAACUGCGACCGCGUGUACACAGCUUAUGACGUGGCAUCGGUCGAUGGUGGAGCUGCAGCUGCCACGACCAGUCCGUUUCGAGUGGUGUCCUUCAAUGUGUUGGCCGAUUACUUGGCCACAAGUCGGGACGGCAACCUUGGUCAUAGCCAUCCAAGUCAAGCGUUCAAGUUCCAAUGGGCUUUCCGAUGCACGCGCCUGUUGCGUGAGAUUCUGACGUGGAACGCCGCGGUCAUUUGUUUGCAAGAAGUGGACCACUUUGAGGACUUUUUCGAGCCCGAACUGCGCAAAUAUGGCUACGUGGGCAAACACAAGCAGCGAACCGGCGCCGAAACCCACGACGGGUGCAGCAUCUUUGUGAAGGAGGACCUGUUUCAAAUCGAAGCUGAGAUCGAGCUCGAGUUCCAUCAACCAGGCCAUGCCAUUCUCGACCGCCACAAUGUUGCGUUGGCGCUGUCACUGACGUACAAACCAACCAAGGACACCGUCGUGGUCGCUACCACGCACAUCCUCUUCAAUCCGCGGCGCGGAGAUGUCAAGUUGGCCCAGAUGCAACUGCUCUUGAGCACCCUCCACGCCCUAAACAUUCCCCAUGUGAUUCUCUGCGGCGAUUUCAACGUCACGCCCAAGAGUGCGUUGUACGCGUUUCUUUCCAAAGGCCGUUUGGACGGUACAACUGUUUACACCGGCGACGCGUCGGGCCAGUUUGCCCAUCGGAACUCGUACUUUCACAACGACGUCCAUGACGAAGAAGGAGAUCAAGGGGUUGACGGUGGUUGUGUGACGCGGCACCAGGGAAAUGGCACUGCCGCCUACCGCUUCGACGCCCCCAGUUCCCGCCGUAGCCGCCGGCCUCACCCCCCCCACGAGUGUUUAGGAGUUCACGCUGUCCACGAGCUACCGCUAGCCAGUGCGUACGCCCAACACCCGACCGCUGAAACCAGUGGCGAGCCGUUUGCCACGUCAUACCACGAUCGAUUCCUCGGCACGGUGGACUAUAUUUGGUACGCCAACGUCGUGUGUGUGGGGGUCGUCGAGUUGCCGCCCGUGUCGUUUUUUCGCAACAUUCGUUCGCUACCAACGAGAGAUCUGGGCAGCGACCACGUGUCCCUUGUCGCAGACUUUGCAUUUGGCGCGUGA